AGUCGAAUCCUCUGGACCUGUAAGAUCGAGUGAAAUCAUACCGUACCUGCACUGCACGUCUACUCUAGUCACUUCAAGCACCCUUGGAAUGACAUCUAUACAAUAUAUAAAAGGGGAGUUUUGGGGAUAUUUAGGAAAAUAAAAAGAGUUUUAGGAUAUUUAGGAAAAUGCUCUUUUGUAAAAUAGAUAUUAUUAUUUAAUUAAAUAUAAAGAUUAAUGUUGAAGACAACGUUCUUUUAUUUAGAGUCAGUUUCCAUAGUUAAUGGAUUAGUGGUAUAGUUAGUGGCAUAAUGUUUAGUGUUAGUUUAUUGAACAGAGGAUGAAAUAUGAACUAAAUAUAUAGGGGAAAAUAUAAUUAGUGGAGUAGUAUUAUGUGUUUCAUCUACUUAAUACACACAUGUGACCUGGCACAAAUAUUUUGAUCGCUUUUGCUUGAUUGAGAUUGAAAUUCCCAAUCUUCAACGGAGAAACAGCGAUGGUGGCGUGUGCCAACGUCGGCGUCCUUGGCUUACUCUUCGUUUUCAUGUGUCUUCUGCGGAGGAGCAACGCCAUAUGGCUGAGUUUGCUGGCCUCUGGCACAAAGUGCGUCUCCGAAGAAAUCCAGAGCAACGUCGUCAUUUUGGCCGAUUAUGUCGUCAGAUCCGAUGACCACGUCCAAGCCACCCCUACCAUUUCCGCUAAGGGGGCAUCCCCCGAUCCAGUGGUUGUUCUCCGGGCCAAUAGCAACAUACCUUGACCAUGUUAGAGGAAG